AUGGGCGCAGUCUGCUGCAGACCUCAGCCUAUCGACUUUGAUGGCGAGGUCAAUCUCUUUCAUUUCGUUCUCCUACGAUGUGUAGGCAAAGGUGCUUUCGGAAAGGUUCGAGUCGUGCAGCACAAGCAAACCCGCGAUCUGUACGCACUCAAGUAUAUCAACAAGGCCAAGUGCGUCAAGAUGAAAGCCGUCCCCAAUGUUAUACAGGAACGCCGAUUACUUGAAGAGGUUGAUCACCCAUUCAUUGUGAACUUACGAUACGCCUUCCAAGACGACGAAAAUUGUUUCUUCGUGCUAGAUCUCAUGCUUGGUGGUGAUCUUCGGUUUCACCUUGAAAGACUGGGAUCAAUGCCGGAAGAAACUGUUCGAUUUUACCUCGCUCAGCUAUCAUCGGCCCUGGCUUUCUUACAUGAAAUGGGUAUCAUGCAUCGCGACCUCAAGCCUGACAACAUUUUGCUUGAUGAACAGGGGAACGCUCACUUGACCGAUUUCAAUAUUGCUAUUCAUUUUAGUGAGCGCCGUUUGACGGGCGUUGCAGGGUCAAUGGCAUACAUGGCACCGGAAAUUCUCACAAAACGUGGAUAUACCUGCCAUAUUGAUUGGUGGUCGUUGGGUGUCUGCGCGUACGAACUAAUCUUUGGCCGCCGGCCCUUCAGAGGAAGGUCGAAUAGCGAUCUUACGUACAGCAUCACAAAAGAUUCACUGAAGUGGCCGGAGGACGCCGACAAGAAAUGCAGUAGAAGUGGCAUGCAGGUUAUCAAAGGAUUGUUGGAGCGCGAUGUCCCAAAGCGCUUUGGUUGCAAGCCCAACGGAGAAGGAUUUCAAGAGCUAAGGCGACAUCCCUGGUUUAAGCCCAUUGAUUGGGAUACGCUGGAAACCAAGGAACAAACCCCACCAUUUAUACCCGACAGAAAUAAAGCUAAUUUUGAUGCAUCUCACGAACUGGAAGAAUUGCUUUUGGAGGAUAACCCUUUAAAAGCAAAGGCACGAAAAGCAAAUCAGGACAAUCUUAGUGCUGAGAUGCGUCAAAUGGAGGAACAAUUUACUUCAUAUGAUUUUAAGAAGAUGCAACGGCGAUCCUACUAUCCUCAUAAUCAACAUCUUAUAUCUACUGCCACAGCAACUUCGUCGGGGUUGGCGUCAUCCAGACCAGGGACUCCAGCGAACGACCUUCGGGUGGACAGUGGAAUCGUCGUCAAUGGAAACUCCAUGGAUCUUCCGGGUGGCGAAGAAAUUAUGAGGGAAAAGGACACCUCGCGGAACGACAAUUUGGAGAAAGAAUAUCCAUAA